GUACCCUGGAGCUGCAUGAAGAUACUGUAGAAGUCGUGUUGUCGACAGCACAUCAUUUAUUAUUGACAGAAGUAGUAGAUGUAUGCUGUGACUUCCUCACUAAACAACUUCAUCCAGCAAACUGUCUUGGUAUACAGCUAUUUGCAGAUACUCAGGGAUGCUCAGAUCUUCACCGCCUUGCUUCUACCUAUACAGCUGAGCACUUCCAGGAGGUGAUGCAACACCAAGAGUUUGUCCAACUUCCCACAGAGGAAGCUGCUCGACUCUUGGCUUCCGAAGAUCUCAAUGUUCCCUCCGAGGAACUUAUCUUUCAGGCACUGGUGGUAUGGCUAAAGCAUGACCUUGAGACACGUACAAAGGAUAUGGCCAGACUAUUAGGUCUUGUGAAACUUCCUCUUCUUUCACCCCAGUUCUUGACUGAUCAUAUAGAAACCAAUUCACUCUUCAAAGAAGAUCGAGAGUGCCAAGAGUUGAUCCUGGAAGCUCUUAAGUAUCAUCUGCUGCCAGAAAGACGGUCCACACUCCAAUCACCACGCACCAAGCCCAGAAAAUCCACUGUUGGAGAUCUUUAUGUUGUUGGAGGCAUGGACUCCAAUAAGGGUGGGUGGAGAGGAAGUUCAACAGGGAUUGAAAAGUACAACUUAAGAACGAACAGCUGGACCACCGUGGGAACAAUGACAGGGCGACGUUUGCAGUUUGGAGUAGCAGUUUUGGACGGGAAGUUACACGUGGUUGGUGGUAGAGACGGCCUCAAGACGCUGAACACUGUUGAGUCAUACGAGCCGAGUACUAGAACAUGGUCCCAGUUGCCUCCAAUGUCAACGCAUAGACACGGCCUAGGUGUUGGUGUUUUAGAGGGUCCCCUCUAUGCUGUUGGUGGUCAUGAUGGUUGGAGUUACUUAAAUACUGUGGAGCGUUGGGAUCCACAAGCACGACAGUGGAGCUAUGUUGCACCCAUGUCAACUUCCAGGUCAACUGUGGGUGUAGCUGUUCUCAAUGGAAGGCUGUAUGCAGUGGGAGGGAGAGAUGGAUCAUCAUGCUUACGAACUGUAGAGUGUUAUGAUCCCCACACAAACAAAUGGACCCCAUGUGCACCUAUGGCCAGAAGGAGAGGGGGUGUUGGAGUAGGCGUGGUCAAUGGUUUCCUCUAUGCUGUUGGUGGUCACGAUGCUCCCGCGUCCAACCCAUGUGCUUCCAGAUUUGACUGUGUUGAGAGAUAUGAUCCUGCAACAGACACUUGGACCCAGGUGGCAUGUCUGAACGUUGGCUGUGAUAGUGCAGGAGUGAGUCUCCUGGGUGAUCGCUUGUUUUGUGUUGGUGGCUAUGAUGGCCAGACCUAUCUAAAUCUUGUCCAUGCUUAUGACCCUCAAACAAAUGAAUGGAUGCAGAUGUCUCCUUUAGCAACUGGUCGUGCUGGGGCCUGUGUGGUGGUGGUGAAGAAGGACCACUGACCCCGGCCUUCUCAGCUACAUUAACUAACUCAUAGAUAAGUUACUUCAUGAAUGUUUGAAUUAAAUGAUAGAACCAAGCAAUAAUAAUUAUAAUAAUGAUGAUAAUAUUUUUUUUUUUUUGUGAAUCUCAUUAUCAUGUCCAAGAUCUUCCUGGAGUUAUUUAUGCCAAAAUAUGAGACUGAUAGAUAUUAUAAUUAAGAAAGUUAUGAUACUGAAAUGACACCUCUUUAGUAACAUAAUUAAAGGUAAUUUCUUCCAUAAAAAGUGAUGUAUAAGAGCUUUAUUAUCAAACUAUGAAUAUGUGGAUUAGCCUUGUCUCAAAAGAUCUUCAAAACUUGUCCUCUUGAUGCAUAUCGUGCUAUCACCUGUGAGUACUAGUUUUUCUCCAACUCUAAAACCAUGAAAUUCUUAAGAAAGUUGUGAGAAUGAUAAGCCAUCAUUACCAACAAAAGUCAGAGAGGAUGCCUGUUUACACCCCUUCAUUUAUUGAAAGAAAAGGCGCAGGAAGUUUAUUAUGGUUUUCUAGAUGUUUGUUUAUCGAAGUUCAGGACAAAAAAAUAAUGAAUGAUAGCACAAGAUAUUAAGAAAGUAGUAGGACAACCAAAAAAUAAUAUAUAAGACAUACAAUACAAAGGACUAGAGACAAUAUAGCUAAGUUUUUUCAUUCUGUAACUGAAAAAGCACAUUGGUUUUUCUGGUUAGUCAUGUCUCACCUAAUGUGUUCGUCUUAAAAACUUCAAAUUUGUUCAGUUGUCAUUGAAGUCUUCAUUCGCUACGUGGGAGGGUAGUUCUCUGCAAAAAAUCCCUUAACAAUUCCUGUUUUGUUACACCUCAGUAAAUUUUAUCAUUUCUACCCUUGUUGCCUAUAUAAUCCCUCCUUUUACUUGGCCACCUUACUUAAAAGUUUUCCAUUGUAUGUUAUUAUUCUUGCCUCAUUUACAAUUCCUUCAUUUUUGUCAACAACUCCUUGAAAUCUCCAUAUGGAAAGUCCCCACAAUAUCCUUCUUCCUUUUGUCUAUUCAUCCACCCUCUUUCUCUGUUAACUGUAGUCAUAACACUUAUCUAGAUUCAUAAUUGCUAUAAUACUUACUUUUUUUGUCUCCCAUUUCUCAAACAUAAGAUCUAACAUUCCUUAACUUAUUCUCUCUCUACCCAUUACUGGCUGUCAUUUAAUCUUUUCUACUACUGUUACAACCCUGCUGUACUCUUGCUCCUAAAAGUGUCAUAUUGUCUUACACAAAAUCGUAAAGAUGUGUUUUGGAGCGAGUGUACCUAAUGAACACCCUUAACCGAGUAGCUUAUUAUAUCCUGGGUAUUAUUCCAUUAUUUCUCUAGAGCCCUUUUAUUUUUAAUAGUGACAGCUCCUACAUAUAUCAGUUCUAUUUUGUGUUACCAUCUCUCCAAGAUACUACUCUGGGUAUAAAAAGAUUACAGUAUUUUGGGACUUACUGCAGAGACUCAGACACACACAGACACACACACACAUUGUGAUUUUUAAUAGAUAGGAAGAAAAACUUAAGAUUGGUGACUUCAGCUGUGUAGGUGCUAUAUUUACAGUGCUGGUGGUGAAGGAAAGAAGUAAACAAGGAAGGAUGGAAGGAAUACUGUACUGUAUGUAGUGAUAUGAAUGUUGUUAUGUACCAUAUUUUGUGUGUAUUUUCGUCCCGUAGUCACAGUUUUUUUAAAUGAUAUAUACUAGAAGAUGUGAGGAAUAAAUAAAAAUAAUAUCAAUAAAUAAAUUAAAAAAAAAAUACUGUAGUGUACAUUUCAUAUUUUACUUAAGCCAAAUGGAUGAUCAUUAAUUCAUCAAUAACCUGUUGUUGUACAGUACAGUAGUCCUUUGCCAACCACGGGAGUUAGGUUCCUGAAAAACUCCAUUAUCGGCAAAUAUGCGGUUAGCAAGACUAAAGGCUAAUGGGAAAUAGGGGGUUAGGUUCCAUGGUUGCGGAUAACACUCUUCAAAGCCUAACUAAGUUGCUUGUUUCUACACUAAACAAUAUCUGUAGUGAUAUAAAUUUUACAGUACAGGGGUAUUAACCUGUACUGAGAGAGCGUGGAGAUCAGUAGCGGGAGAUGGGACACUGGGCGGAGGAAUACAUUAGACUGUGGAGGGAUAAAGAGGCCAUGCUAAUCUGCAGAUAUUUAAAACUAAAUGCUGCACUUGGUAAAAUGGUAUAUAGAGUGAAAACAGUGGAUACAUGGAAGCAGCGGUUGGCGAGGAUCUACUGUAUAUAUCAACCUCACCAAAUUUUAAUAAUAAUAAUAAUAAUAAUAAUAAUCCAUUUUGGAAUGUUUAUACAGUCAUUACUUAAACUUUUGAGGUCUUUUGUAUUUAUAAAGCUGCCUGUACAGUUGUAAAACAUGUGUAAGAAGUAAGUCUAAGACGGAAUGCUUGACUGGCUGAGGACGUGGAAGUAGAGGAAGAUGUAGUGUGUGUGUGUGUGUGUAAGCUGGAGAAUAGAUGAUGUCUGGCAUGUAGAGUCACUGUGGCGUUUGGAUAAUAUUCUUAAUGUUGAAACCAGCCAAAGUGUGAUAACUAGUAUGUUAGGUGUUCUGUGUAUCUACACAGACAGACAGACGGACACAGACAGACAGUAGCACCAUAUAAAACCCUAUUUCAUUAUAAACUUUAUAGUUUCCAUUAAUUUGACUUAUAAAUCUACAUUUCAUAGUACAGUAUACUGUAUAAGAAACCGGACUAAAAAAAACAUACGUGAUUAUAUAAUGUGUGGUGAUUGGAUAUUAAUUUAUAUGAUAAUAAUGGGAAAAAUAUCAGAGGAUGAGAUUUGAAAUAUCCCAUCCAGUAAUGACUUGUUUUCUCAAGUCAUGACUAUUAUUGGAAAAGAAAUGAAAAGAAUUAGCAAUUAGAAUGAAUCUUGGGAGCUUAAGAUGCAGUACCUUGAAGAAGUAGUAGUAGUAAAAUAUAGUAUGUGUUAGUAGUGUACAGUUGCCCAUCUUUUGAUGACUUCAUUGACAUGCUUAUCUGUAAGGCACAUUGUAGUUCUUAUGUAGGCCACCAGGCUUUUAAGCAUACAUGUUGUAUUGGUUAAAGUUGUCAUCUUGGAAAACAUGCUCUUUACCUGUCAUUAAUGGGAAAAUAUCGGUCAUUAAUGGGAAAGUACUGUACCUGUUGUUAAUGGGAAAGUACUGUACCUGUCAUUAUAGCUCUGAUAUUGGAAAUGUUUUAUACAUUAUAUACAUCUGUAACUGAUAUGAUAAGCCAAAACAAACAAAAAUCUCAUGAAAUAUCUUACAGUAUUUGAAAACAUUUAUAAAGACUGGAUUAAUAUAAUACUCUUAUGAAAAAUAAGAAUAUGAAGAUGAUAAAAUAUGAAUUGCAUCUGAUCAGUUUGACUGAAGUUAAUAAUUACUGACUAGGUAAAAUCAAGAGAGGCUGAUAAUCACACUGAUUAUGAACAAAUUUACGGAAAUCUUGUUUAUGGUGAUACUGGCAGUUAGUGUGACGCUGCUGCUUGUGAACUUUGUGAUAUUGAACCCUCCUCUUUUUCUGCUCUUACAUUAAGAUUUCUAUAAAUCUGUAAGAUGCAGAAAAUUUAAUGUUCAAAUAUUCUAGGAUUCUGUGAACUUUGAGGGAGGGGAGGGAUGAUAAUAUAUGUGCACUAAUCUUAUUAUUGUAGUACUGUAAUUAGAAAAAUUAUGGAGAUCAAAAUUAAAAUAACUGAGUACCUUAUGGGUUAUAUAAGAUAUUGUGUUGAGCAUUGAAAAAUAAAAUUUAUGAUAUUCAAUGUCAAAAUUGUGCUUGGCAAGAUAUGUAAUGUUUGAGGCAUUGACACAGUUACUGGAGGCUUUCAUAAUGUAAGGAAGACCUGCUAGAGGAUAUACUGUAUAUACAUUGAGGAACAGGUUAAAUUAUGGAUCCUCUUUCACUUGGAAUAUGAUAGCACAGUAUCAUUCCUCCCUUCUGCUGUGGUUCAUAUUCUUGUACUCGCUCACUAUAACACGGACAAUCUUGUACUCACGGAACUCCUGUCGUUUGCUCUUCGGUAGAAUCCACACCGCAUACCCUUCAUAAACCACUUACGGUAAGCAUGAAAUUCAAAGCUCCUCUCUCAAUAUUACUGAAUAAUAAGGUGAAAAAUGUGAUUAAACAGUAAAGCCGAGUCCCUUGUUUGUCAGCUCAACAGCACAUACCGUAAUUUACAAACUUUUGCCAAUUUUAACAUGACAUGCAAAACCUUUUCUGUAAACAACAACUACUCCAUUGUACAUAAACCAUUGAAUUUCUAAGUCUUAGGCUCAUGGUGUCUCAUGAUUAUUAUUGAAACAUACGUUCUAUGUCUGAUGCACAGAUCUUUUAAACUAACUCUCAUAACAUGAUAGCUCACUGUUGCUGUGGUGUUAUGAAAUGUAAUCUUAAAAGUUUUGCCAUUUUCAAUAGUUCUAAUGUAAUUGUUUAUUUUGUUUAUGAAUUUGAUACCUAAACCUCAACUUGGUUUGUUGUAUAAAAGUCAGAAACCCAAUAGUAAUAAUUGUCAUUGGUGAAUAAAAUGUUUAACAGGCUUUAAAACAUGAUGUUUGGUAUACUAACGAGUGUGCAUAUUGCAUGCAGUAUGUCAUAUGAUUGACUUUGGAAUAUAUUAUGAGAAUUUUUACAUUAGACGACCAUGUAGUUAAAUAUUCUAUUAAUCAUAACUACCGCAGCAGCAAGUGGGGUGUUCUAUGCAUGUGGGAGAGCUGCCUGAUUUGUCUAUAUUCAGGAGUGUGACAUUUUAAGGUGAUUUUUUUAUUAUUUGCAUAAAAAAAAAUGUAUUUUUAACUGAUUCUUUCUUUGAUGCUAAAAGAGUUGAGCUCAGAAUUUUUUUUCUUGUUGACAGAUGUCGACUCUUAUGAAGUUCUUUCUAUCACGAAAGCUCUAAAGGAUAUUAAAAACAUUCCAGUUAUUGAUAUUUUGAGAAUUAUUUACAACAUACCUUUCAGGAAAACUACUUUGAAUGUGUUACAACAUACACUAUAGUAUAAUUAAUUACAUGUACUGUACAAGAUAUUUGCAACGCACUUUUCAGGAAGCAGAUUUUUAUUGUGUUUACAUGUAAAGAAUGUGAUGGUAGGUUUAGUAUGCUAGAAGUGCUGAGGGCUUUAAUUUAUAAGCAGAACAUUUAAUCCUAAUUGUCUGACUUACUGCUUGUAUCAUUAUUUGCAUAACAUGUUUAAGAUUACUUUACAGGGGGUGAAAUAUCUAGAAGGUGACAGGAUUUCCCAAGUGUGAAGCUAAUGUAAAGUUACGUAAGGUAACGGAGUUUGUGAAUCAUUUUUAGACACUAUUUUUCUCCUUGGAUUACAGUUUCAAAUAAGUAUUAUUAUGUUUUGUUUAUGUGAACCAUUACUGUGUAGUUAAACACUGACUGUAUGAACGAAUUUUGAUGUUAUGUUUUCAAGUCCACCUCUUCACACAUGUAAACCUUUCUAGAAAUGUCUUGUGUGUUUUUAGAAGAGCACUAUGAUAGACUUCUCGUUAUUUCUGGACAAUGUUGAGUGUGAGGCUCCUGGAAGGGAGAAUUGUUGAAGUUAGGUUCUAGUUAUUAAGAGUACCUGGGCAUUUUUCUAUAUAACAUUGCAUUUCUAUUGCCAAUAAAUGGUGUGAUAAUUGACUGUCUAAGAUAUGAAGAUCUAUAAAGAGGUAAAAUGUAUACAUACUCUAUAUUCCAAAGAUUUGCACUGCAUUUUAAUUGCUUAGUUUUAAGAUUUAUAGGCUAUACUGUAUUCUGUAUGACUAUAUUUUUCACAAUUCUGAAAUUAAUGAAAUGAGUGAUUAAGGAGAUGUUAUACUCUU